UGACAUUGAUUUCUGUAAUGAGUGAUUAUUAUGGGAUGCCAAAUUUACGUGUAAUGGUCGGGCGCGUGAUUUUGAACAAAUAACGUGAUGGCAAACAUCAGUUUCGGCAUUUUGUGAUCAUUUUGAACAGUGCCACUGUACUUCAUAACUCUUGCACCGUACUGGUAGUUGCAACAGCAAGUUUAAGCCAUGUCAUCCCCAGGCUCCCAAACCAGAAGCAGCACGGCCAAAGCCCGGCUUGAAGCCGCCAAAAGCGGCAAGACCGACCCGGUCGCAGUCAUCCAAGCCGAGCUGGACAACCUCAUGGCCAAGUCCAGCAGUGAGUCCUCCAGCACCACGUCCCCCUCCAAAGCCACUAAAUCCGGCGCCAGCACCACCGUAAUCACUGCGACCAGCGAGAGCACGGUACCUAGCACGACGACACCAACAGAAGUCAGGGUCUCCUCGGCAGGAAACCCAACACAAGUCAUCACGCUGCCUCCCGGGUCCCCGGUAGGCAAGACAAUACAGAGUAUCGUCAAGCGCAGCAUGCCGUCCACGACUACCAGUCAAGUCGUGACGAAGGUCAUAAUUACGCGGAAUCCUGUCACGAAACAGCCCGUGUCCACUACAGCAGGGCUGACCACUGCGACGGUGACCAUGAUGUCCCCGGGAACGGCCAAAACGUCCGGAGCGCGGCAGCUGAUCCAGCCGGGGUCCCCGAUCAAAUUCAUCCCGAUCACCCAGCCCGUGACGCAACAGGGUGUGGUCAUUCCAAAAGGGGUGGUGAUCACCACCACGUCACCCGCAAAACAGAACGCGGCGAAAGUCGCGAUCCCGGCUUUGAAGAGCCCGACGAAGGUUAGCGGGAGUACGACGCCGAAGAAAAUUGCCCCGGCUCCCCAAACCAUCAUCGUCAAAUCGUCUGCGGGACCGACACCACAACAGGUCUCUCUGACGUCCGUCUCAGGAGUCAAAACUGUGGCAAUGGUUGCUAACCCUUCAACAAACCCACCUCAGCAGCCCAAGACAAUCCAGAUCAAGCCAGCGGUACAGGCUCAGCCAAAGGUCAGCACGUCCAGCAUUGUAACCACAAGCACAGCAGUUGUGACCCCGGCUGCAACAGCAGCCGCCACAGUGACCACAGCAAGUGCAGCGGCAACCACCGUGCAGUCCGUGCAAGUCCCGGGAUCCAAGUUCUCUUACGUGAGGCUUGUGACAGUGACGGCGUCAAGUGCGUCCAACACUCAGGCUAAGCCAGUGGUCACGACAGCUAAACCUAUCGCCCCAGCCACGACCAGCUCAGUCCACAGCGUCGUGCGGACGAUACCCACACCAAACCCUGUCAAGGUCAAUGUACCCAUCGCGCCAGCACAGAAAAUCCAGGCGAAUAGGAGUAGCACCGUGCAGCCCGUUUCAGUGGCCGGUACUUCCCAGAACCGCAUGAUCAUGCCGGCCAACACCCAGCUCAAGAUCAUCAAUCCUCUCACGGGCGAGACCAAGUUCGCCUCGUUUCCGCCCGGUACUACGCUCCUGGCGCCCAGCGGUAACAUCCUGCAGAACUUUGCCAUGGUGCCCAUGGUGCCACAGGUGAUGUCCCAAGCCAAACCUGCCUCAACGCCUAACUACGUCUCCUUGGCACCAUCAGGGGGGGUUCCUCAAGCCGCACCCCCACGACCACGGUCUCCGCCCCCUCCAAGUCGUGUUGUCAAUGGGAGGCGCUCCGCUCCAGUGGAUUCUGAACAUCGACCGCGCAAACCCUGCAACUGCACAAAAUCACAAUGUCUGAAAUUGUACUGCGACUGCUUUGCCAACGGCGAGUUCUGCAACAGCUGCAACUGUAACAACUGCUACAACAACCUCGACCACGAGGACGACCGGGCCCGAGCCAUCAAGGCGUGCCUUGAUCGUAACCCUAACGCCUUCAAGCCCAAGAUUGGCAAAGGGCGUAACGGAGAACUGGACCGUAGGCAUAACAAGGGGUGUAACUGCAAGCGCUCGGGGUGUCUCAAGAACUACUGCGAGUGUUACGAGGCUAAGAUCCUGUGCUCCAACAACUGCAAGUGUGUGGGCUGCAAGAACUUUGAGGAGAGUCCAGAGCGUAAGACCCUGAUGCACCUUGCUGACGCGGCGGAGGUCCGCGUUCAGCAACAGACUGACGCCAACACCAAGCUACAGUUCCAAGACUUCCCGUCCCGGCCCGCGAUAGUCAACGAUUCCGGAAAAAGGUUACCAUUUUCCUUCAUCACCAACGACGUCGCCGAGGCAACCUGCCAGUGCCUUCUAGCGCAGGCCGAGCAGACGGAGCAGAAGAGGACGAGUCAGGCCAAGGCAGAGAAACUCAUCCUUGAGGAGUUUGGGCAGUGUCUGCGACAGGUCAUCCAUUCAGCUGGCAAAACCAAAGGCGUUGCUUCCUGAGCGAUGUGAUGGACCUGUGAGGGCGCUGUUCUCUUCCCAUUGCGCAUCCUUGUGAUCGUUGUUUUCGAGGGAAACUUAAGAUUACAGCAGGGACGGAGCAUAGCUUUGUAUGUAUCGGAGUAUUUUAUGUAACAUUGACAAAUAACAUCAGAAGCCUAUAAUGACAGUCUAGCAUUAGAAUCUUCCAUAAACAAAACAUGUAUACACUGACUUUGUUCAAUGUAAUAAUCAUGCUUUUCAAUUUCAAAUCAUUGUAAAUAACAUGUUUAAUAAAACAAAAAAAACACACAAUUAACUACCCAUAAGCAAUAGUCGAUAUUAACCAAUGUAUGUACCAUGAAUUCAUUGUGAAUAAUCUGUACAGAGUUAUGUAAGUGUUAUGAAAGUACAUGUAUAGAGCUGUCACUUGUUUUGUAUUUUUAACCUCUCCAGGGGCGGGCCUGGUAUUUGUUAAGGGGGGCAACAGCCUGUAGACGUACUGCAGAAGUAUGUCAGUGAAAGGGGGGGGGGUUUGCAGAACAGUAAAGAGGAGGAUUUUGGAGGAUACGGGAAAUGUGUUGGGUUUUUUUUUACAAAAAAAGGACGAUGUAGUUUUAGUAAAUGUUGUGACUGGGGCCAAUUUCACGGCGCUGCUAA